GACCUACAGUACCACAACGAUGACAACCCCUCCAAGACCAACAAGAUGAUGAGGAUACUGAUGUUUGUGCGGAUCCUCAGCUUGAUCCGGCUGGCUCGAGUGUCCAGACUGGUCAGGUUCUUCAACGAGGUGGAGAAAGUGUCGAAUGCAAACUUGGAGGUGGUCCGCCUCUUCUUUCGUGUCUUGUCUCUGUUCAUGAUGAUUUUCCUGCUGUGUCACUGGAACGGCUGCAUCCAGUACUUUGUCCCCAUGCUGGAGGAGUUUCCCUCUGACUGUUGGGUCCGCAAAGAAAACCUGAUGAAUGCCACAGUGAUCGUGAAGUACUCCUGGGGAGUUUUUCGAGCUCUCUCCCAGAUGAUCGCCCUCUCCUAUGGCUCCAUGGACGCACCUACAAAUUAUGUUGAGAUGUGGAUCGUCAUGGUCAGCAUGGUGUCUGGCUGUCUGAUGUACACCGUCCUCGUGGCAAACGCUACAACCAUGAUCGCAAACAUCGACCCAGCAGCCAAGGAGUACAAGAGCAAAAUGAGCCGUCUGGAGCACUACAUGGCCUUCAUGAAGCUCCCGCCGGAGCUGCAGCUUCGAAUCAACAACUACUACCAGGCUCGCUACGGAGGGAAGUGGUUUCAUGAGAAGGACGUCAUGGACACGGUGUCCUCAGCGCUCAAAGAGCAAAUCCUGAUGGUGAUGUGCAGCCGGCUGCUGAGAAAAGUACCAAUGUUUCAGAACAGAGAUGAAAACUUCAUCAACGCCAUCCUCCCCAAAUUGGAGUACGACGUGUUCCUGGAGGGAGACGCCAUCGUCCGACAGAACGUCCCAGGCGACCGCAUGUUCUUCAUCGACCACGGCCAGGUGCUCAUGGAGACCGAUUCCUACGAGAGGGAACUCUGUGACGGAGACUAUUUUGGAG